CAAUCCACAUCAAGACAGACUCAGUUUCUAUCAUGGCGAAGCAUCAUCCAGACUUGAUUUUCUGCCGAAAACAGGCCGGCGUCGCCAUCGGACGUCUCUGCGAGAAAUGUGACGGCAAGUGCGUCAUCUGCGAUUCGUAUGUGCGGCCGUGCACCCUGGUUCGAAUCUGCGACGAGUGCAACUACGGCUCGUACCAGGGCCGCUGCGUCAUCUGCGGAGGCCCUGGCGUCUCGGACGCCUACUACUGCAAGGAGUGCACCAUCCAGGAGAAAGACAGAGACGGCUGCCCAAAAAUAGUGAACCUGGGCAGCUCAAAGACUGACUUGUUCUACGAAAGAAAAAAAUACGGCUUCAAAAAGAGGUGACAGGGUGGCUGAAGAAGCCUUGCCGGCCCAGGCAUGGCUUCAAGUCUGUAUCUUCAUUUCAUCUCUGGCCACCCUGUCGUAAGCAAGAUUUCCUGGGCUCUCAAGUUUAUCAUUUGGUGUUCUAUUUUCAAAUGUUUGAUUCCAAUUAAAUAUUUCCAAACAUUC